AUGUCCGCCACGGCCGCUCUUCAAGCUCGCUUGAAAGAGUUGGCGACCACCCUAGGCCAGGUCAAGCCUCUUGUUGAUAGGCUUCGCAACUUCACAGCUUCCAUCGGCCAGGGGAACGAGGCACGCGUGGAGCUGGGAGCGGAGAUUCAUGCCCAACUCAAAGAUGCCGAGGAAGAGCUUGAGCUCCUGCGCGGGGAGGUCGAUGCACUAGGAGCUGUAUCGGAUGGUCGGAGAAAGUCCGCAGCUAAUGGAGAUAAAGAGGCAGAGAAGGAGCGAGUCAUCGUCAUGGCGGGGCGAUUGACGGACGACUUGAAGAGACUACGAGGAGACUUCCGAAAUGCGCAGUUACAGGCAAAGCGCAAUGCCGAGCUAGCACAACGCAAGGAACGCGAACUACUGUUCUCUCGACCGCAAUCGCCUGGCACAACCCAACGACAGUCGACAGAGAAAUUCACACAAGGGGACCUGGUGCGCAAUGCGUCGAGUGAUGUUACUGCUGCUCUGCGCCGAACCCACAACCUCAUGCAGACAGAACUGUCUCGCAGCCAAUUCGCGCAUGAAACGCUCGCGCAAUCUUCCGCGGCUAUCAGCUCCCUUUCUGAAUCCUACAGCAGCCUCGAUACCCUCAUUUCAUCUUCACGCAGCCUCGCCAAUACCCUUCUCCGUUCACAAAAGUCUGACACUUGGUACCUUCAGACAUCCUUCUAUAUCCUCGUAGGAACAAUCGCCUGGCUACUGUUUCGCCGUAUCUUGUGGGGUCCUACCUGGUGGCUCUUAUGGCUUCCGGUCAAAUUCGCGUGGAAAUUCGUGUUCACAGUGCUGGGUGCGGUUGGACUCUCUCGUGGAUCAGCGGAGCUCUCGGCUAGUCCAGUUGCUAGUGGUAUUUCCGCCACUCUCUAUCAAACAGCAACGGCAGUGACUGGUGGAACCGUGCCAAGCGGGACCGCUGAAGAGAAUUCUCAUGUUUCGCAGCAAGAAGAAGAAGAGGACCGAAUCAUUGAUAAGAUUGGUCAAAUGGUCGAAGAAGGGGUCAAAGAAGACACUCAUGUUGACGGAAUCUCACCCGAGGAAAAGGCUAGGGCAGAGCAGAUGCCUCGAAAUACUAAGAAGCGGAUGUGGGAAGAAGACUUACGGGAUGAGCUAUAG